AUGAUGCAAAACCGAUUGACUCAAUUAUCAAACUUUCUACAAUUCUGCCACAGUCAGUCAUGUGUUACUGUCUGCCACAGUCAGUCAUGUGUUACAGUCUGCCACAGUCAGUCACGUGUUACAGGCUGCUACAGUCAGUCAUGUGUUACAGUCUGCCACAGUCAGUCAUGUGUUACAGUCUGCCAUAGUCAGUCAUGUGUUACAGGCUGCCACAGUCAGUUAUGUGUUACAGUCUGUCACAGUCAGUCAUGUGUUACAAUCUGCCACAGUCAGUCAUGUGUUACAGUCUGCCACGGACAGUCAUGUGUUACAGUCUGCCACAGUCAGUCAUGUGUUACAGUCUGCCACAGUCAGUCAUGUGUUACAGUCUGCCACGGACAGUCAUGUGUUACAGUCUGCCACAGUCAGUCAUGUGUUACAGUCUGCCACAGUGAGCAAUGUGUUACAGUCUGCCACAGUCAGUCAUGUGCUACAGUCUGCCACAAACAGUCAUGUGUUACAGUCUGCCACAGUCAGUCAUGUGUUACAGUUCGCCACAGUCAGUCAUGUGUUACAGUCUGCCACAGACAGUCAUGUGUUACAGUCUGCCACAGUCAGUCAUGUGUUACAGUCUGCCACAGUCAGUCAUGUGUUACAGUCUGCUACAGUCAGUCAUAUGUUACAGUCUGCCACAGUUAG